UAAAAAGUUAGUGAUGUUGUCUUUUCGGAAUGCUUCUCGCAAAUUAAUAGUGCAAAUUCGAUAACAUUAGUAAUGUCACAAAAAGAUGGACCAGACAAGUACCAGCAAAAGAAUGGCGAAGCUAGGCACAGCGUGCUUCCAAAAGCCCCGACGAGACGUGUAAUCAUAUCCAAAUCUCGGUACAAAAUCUACGAUCAGCCGAAGAAAUCAACCUUGGCCGUUCAUUUGGACAAUAUCAAACGCGAACGUCUAUCAACUGCUUUCAUCGAUAAAUCUUCUCAAGCUGAAGAUCGUGAAAGUGUAAGUAGCCGACAGUCUUUCAGUCGACAGGCUGGACCAAGUACUAAAUCAUUCUUCACGCGCGAGGACAGCUCGAUGGAGCUUGCGCAUAAAAAACACCGCAACUUGAGGGAGGUCUACAGCGAUUACAUGAAAAGACGAGAUGUAGUUCCGAGGCGGAUAAGAAUCGUUAAAAUAUACGUGCCACCAAAUUGGCAGGCGGUUUUAGAAGAGUCCAUUCGGAAAUAUAAUUCGACGUACAAAGAUAUGCAUCCCUGGCGACAACCUCGCUUGCUUUGGUUGGAACAGCUGGAGAGAGAGAAUGCUGCUAAAUCACAGAAGCCAUCACUAGCAGCCACCUUUGAGGAUGAUGAUUGCUUAGUUCCUUGCUGCUCUCUGUUCAUAUUCCCAUUCCGUAGGCGUAAGAAACGGACCCUGCCUUGAUACGAUCUCUUGAACUAUGAUGCCAAACGAGUACACGUCACCCUUCUGGGAACCGGCAGGGUUAGGUUGAGGAUCACGCAAGAGCUCCGGAGCAGUCCACAGUAGUUCUGUGAGUAGAGAGGAAUGUAUUGUCCAUAUUCAGUAAUGAUCUUCAUUAAAUUGCAUAACACGCGCUAAAUGCUCGAA